AUGGACAGUUCUGUCCCCAGCCCUCCUGAGACCAAUUCGCUCAAAAGAAAGUCACCUAUCGACGACACAUCGUCCCUCGAUCUACAGCUUCUACGAACCUUGGUAUUUGACACUAUUAUCGCUCGGCUCAAAGCACUCAACAUUCCGACCUACCACCUCGACAAGCAAAAGUUGAGCUUUGCUCUUCCUACCUCAACGAGCAAUCACUGGUUGACCUUAAUCGAAACUCCAAUUCUUCUUCCAGAUGAUGCUUUCGCCGACAUCAUAGCAUGCACCGAAACCACAGGAGUCAUGAAAGACUGCCCAAAAGGUCAUACAGUCUAUUACAUACGCUCAUGGGAGAUGGAAAUCAGGCAACUCCGUGCCGUUCUUGACCUAUGGAAGCAACAAGGCAAGGACUACCCAGAAGCCGCCGUCUGGGAAGCAAUGAUUGAAGGCAUCACCGAUGAUACAAUUCUUGUUUACAUCCGCUACCUGGGCAAAACCGAACUUACUUCUGGUCAAGAAAGGCACCGUGAUGAUGAGCGAAUGAGAGAUUCUGGAAUGUUUCACGACUUUCGCAGUGAUUGCAAAGCUCUUUGGCCAUCCGUCACGUCAUCGGUCAGAAUAUUCAACGUCGAUGCCUUUGAGCUCAAGCCAGCAAAGUACGGAGCAGCCUACGUUGCACGACCUUCAGUAGAGGAUGUUGACUUACGCGAAAGAGUGCUUAUUGCACUUGUGGGUCAGGCAUCAUCUCUCAACCGUCAGAGCGGAGGCACUCUCGCUGCAUAUCAACCUUCAGACUCCGACAUCGCGACUUUCAAGGGCCUCGGCACGGCUACAUUCUCAAAGCUUGCGGACAAGGCCAUUCAUCAAAAGCCAACAGCAAGUCUUCGCAAACGUGUCGCCGACUGGAUGGACGAUACUUUACGCUUCGCAGCUCAACACUCUGCAGAGUUGGGUCUUGGUGUCAAGAGUCCUCUCAAUCAUCGACACCGCAAAGAGUGGAUUGACCAAGCUUUGCCGACAAGAGUCUUCGGCCACACAUUGAUGGUUGUAAUAGGAGACGACAUGCCACUGCAGUCUCUGGAGAACCCGUUGAACUUCUGGUACCAAAAGGCCAGGUCUGCUCAAAUGAUGAAAGACUUCCUCUCGAGACUCAUGGCAUAUGAACAAGAUCGCUCCGACUGGCAUCCUCUACGCAUGGACCCACUCGUCAAAGCUGGUGUGCUGCCCUUCAUUGAUCACUGCUAUUGGCCCAAUACUACAAACUUGCGAGAGGAGUGCAUCGCCCACACACGUUCAUACUUUGAAGCUUCGCAGCCUCUUCUGGCUCUUACCUUGGGGGGAAUGACCAACAGGUUUGUGAGAACCAACUUUGUCAGCACAUACGAUCAGUCCAUCCGAAGUCUACUGGGUGAGCUUAGAAACUUCACCAUACAGUACUUCACUGAGCCUGGUGAGGUUACUGCUGAUUAUGGCAAGGCUCCGACAGCUGCAAAUCCUAUCAAUCCGGAGCACGCUUUCAUUCAGAUGCCAACAUUCCAUCCGGGUACUGACAGAGUUCUUUUCAAGAUUGAGAAGACGUCAAUUGAGAGCCUACCCCUUACGGGCGUCUUUGUGGGCCUCCUUGUGGGCGCUCUCAGGCUCUCAAUGUACGGCUCUGGUUCCACCGCGCUUCGUCGAGUCAUUGAUAUCAACUUCUGGAAAGUCUGUCUGGCACUUGAAGUUACGCUGGACAUUCUCUACAGAGUCGAGAACGACUCUUCGUUCCGACCAUCCAGGCUGAAAAUCUGUCGUCUGAUACUGGAUCAUGUCGAGCGUCGUUGGCAAGCUAGCGGUGCGGACAUUGUUUUCCAGCAAGCGAAGCAGGAUCUUGAUGCCAUAAAUAAAGGUCAGAAUGGCGGAAAGACCCGAUGGUCGUCCGACGCUACAAGAGCUUUCUCGCGCUCAAUCAAUGGCAGGACUAUCAACAUCACAGCUGCCGGCAAGAUUUCAUUCUUUUGGAAGGACAACACUGGCAGAGAUCGGCAGUUCAGCUUGUCGGCCAGUGCAGGCAUCGUUGCUAAGAAGGGAGAGGAUAAGACAAGGAAAGUGUUCUUGUAA